AGAACUGGUCUGGUUUGGGUGGAGUGAAGUUGGACAUGUACUAUACGUUUUUCUUUCCAAAUUAGCCUAGGGGACGGCAUUAUGCCAUAGUAAUAACACCAUUAAGACUUUCAUGGUGACCAACACAUCAUUUAUUUGUGGAUACAAAACGUGUACAUAUUAAGCUAAAUGGAUGUCAGUGAAGAAUCGUUGCUGGAUUAUUUUUAUUCAGCCGGAGGCAAAGUAAAAAAUGCAGACCUAUUGAAGACAUAUAAGCCAUUUAUUGGCCAUAGCGACUUGCAAUUGCGUGCUAAAUACAGGGAGGAAUUCAAAGUCAUCAUUGACAGGAUUGCAGUAGUGAAGUCCGAGAAUGGUGAGAAGUACCUGGUCCUAAAAAAGAAGUACCGACAGCUGUUACAGGAGCGUGAGCCAGAGAAUCAUGGGACGGUGAAGGAGGGCCAGGGCCCAGCUAGCCCAGCCAGCCCAGCCAGCUCCCCUGCCACAGUGCUCUGGGAAGGGACAAUGCUCUCACCUCUCUCCAGCCCCCAGAAGGACCUCAAGAGCUCGGACUCAGAACUGAAACUGUACCCUCCAAAGGCCCCAGACCAGGGGAGCAGGCAGAGGCCUGCCCAGGUGAUGUGGGAUGGAGGACCCACCAUCACCGUCACAGGGGCCCCUGAUCAGGAGCCCACACCAGAGGAGCAGCCCACAGAGUGGACCACCUCACUGCCCAGUCUAAAGGAAUCCCCUGCUGUCCAGCUGGAGGACCUCCUAACACCAAGUCAUGGGGAGGAUGACCAUGACAAGGACUCAGGGUCCAAGUCAGAGUCUGAGCAGGACGAGGACUGUAUGGGCAACAUGGGCUCCACCUCAGUGGCUCUGGAGCCUGUGGAGAAGGAAUGGAUCUACUCAGCUGCGUGUGGUCGUUCCUCUGACCUGUCUCAGCUGCUUAGACAGGACCCCUCCCUGGCCAACAAAAAGGAUUUCACCUCAGGGACAGCUCUGCACUGGGCAGCCAAACAUGGCAAGGAGGAUAUGACCACUCUGGUGGCCAAUGCAGGGGCUGAUGUCAACAUCAAGUCUUAUGCGGGGUACACACCACUGCAUAUCGCAGCAUUGCAUGGCCAUCGACACAUCUUGGACUUGCUCAUUCAAUCGUAUGGUGCCAAAGAAAACAUCAGAGACUACAGCGGCCACCUUGCCUGCUAUUAUCUGAACAUCAGGGGUUCAUCAGAGGGGGACAGUCAACUACAUUUUCAGACCUGCCAGGCACCAGAAAGGAGGAACAGGAAGCUGGCGUCGUUGUUCCAGUCUAAGAAGAAGUGGGGUUCUGCGGAGGAGCUGGCUCCUAUAGAGGAGGAGAGGUCAGCGUCUCAUCAGCUCAUGAUCCCUGCCUUCAGAACCAGGAAGUUCUCCCGCUAGGGAGGGAACUGGAAACUCUUUUAUUAACUCCAUCACUCAGUCCCUCACAAGACAGCACACACAUGCAUGGAUACCGAUGAAGAAAACGUUUUGUGCUCUUCAUUAACGGAGUGAUUAAGUUCAGAUGAGUUCUGAAUUUCUGUAAGUAUUAUCAACCUGCAGAUUGGGCGAGAAAACCAGACCUCUGACAAUAAACACAACACCAGGCUUAAGUCUCGAUCGUGUCUCUCUCAGCUCUGAAGGCUGGAGGACCAUUUUAUAUAGGGCACAAGAAUGUAAACAUAGAUAGUGACAGUCAGGCAGUAAUGACGUUAGAACAGUCUCAGAGAAAGAGAUUCCCAGCUCUCCGGCCCAUGACCACUCUCAGGGCAGAGAGAGAUCAUAGGUGGAGCUCUUCCUGUAGUUAUCAUAAGGGACGUUCACCCAGUACCUUCUCCUGACCCCGAACAUCUAUUCAACCUGACAUAUACACACUAUCUACUUGUAUCGGUACCAAACUCAUAUGAAAACAUACUAACUAGUAUCCAAUGACUUGUUCUAUCGAUUAGUGAAAGUUCUAUUGAUUAGUGAAUAACUUAAGUACAUAGGAAAUCCCAAUUUCCUCCACAGUACUCACACACUUGCGCGCACACACACAUUCAUUGAUCAUAAAUCCAAUCCAUCCAUUUUCCUAUAGUUUAGUGGUUCAGAAAGCUGUUUAUUAGCUUAUUGGUGGUAAUAUUAUGUUUUGGCUUGUGGAUAUUUUGCACGCUGCUUUAGUCCAUAGUUUACUUUUAUUUUCAAAGUGACCUGUUUGGCUUCUCCUUCACACUAUGUUUAUUUAAGAUUUAAAGAAGCCAAAUUUGAUAAGCAGAUAUUAUGACAGAUACAGAUAUUUCAACAAUCCUUUAAAAACAAAAUCACUGUGUACCAGCCUUUAUUUAUAUCCCAUAGUUAAGGCUAAUUGCAUGCUAAUGCUGAUGAAAAUGGCACUAGAACAUGUAAGUCGUCUGUCCAUCAAUUGGUAUGGGAUUUUAACCCGUAAUAAUGGGGUUCAUUAUUUCUGAUUGCAUUUAUUUGCAUAUGGAACACAGUUUACAAUAUUAAUUUAAGUGUUGGUUCACUUUAUUGCUAUUUCAUACAAGCUACACUUGUGAUUGUUUCCUCAGGCUAAAUGUAUUGCCUCAAUUUUACAGUUUGUUUUAAGCACUAUUUAUAUGCUGAAUAUAUUAUGAUUAAACCAUCAUUUGAUUUGUAACAUGAAA